CUGUAGGAGCCAAAGCCUGCAGCUCUGACUUUAGGUCAGCUUUAGAACAUUUUACCCGAAUAAAGUGAUUUUAGUCUGGUGAAAUAUCUUAGGUUUGGACGCCACCAUGGUUGACAGCAUGGACAUGGAGAAGCAACAGAAGCGGUACUGCAUCCGUGGUAAGCAUGUAGUCAUUAUAUGUGUGACAGUGGUGGUUUGCUCCUUGGCAGUGGGCCUUGGGGUGGGCCUCUCCAGGUCAGGCACCACCACCACCACCACCACCACCGCCGCCACAACCACCACCGCCACUCCCUCUACACCAGCCCCCACAGCAGAGCCUACCCAGCCCCCUCUGCCUGGCAGAGGACCAUGCACGCCUUCCACUGACUCCAGUGGGGACUGGAGGAAUUUCCGUCUGCCCAGCUACGUGAAGCCGGUCCACUAUGAUCUGGAUCUGGAGCCGGACCUCGUCGAGGACACGUACACAGGCACCGUGGAAGUCCACGUGGAAGUCAGCAAGCCCACCCGCCAUCUGUGGCUCCAUAUCAGGGAGACGUUUGUCAGCGCCAUGCCCAGGCUGAGGAUGGUGAACAGCCAGGGGGGCCUGAGGGAGAUCCCAGUGAAAAGUUGUUUUGAAUACGAACCUCAGGAGUAUGUGGUGGUGGAGGCCACGGAGGAGCUGCCAGUCACUGAGCCGGGAGAGGUGUACGUGCUCGGCCUGGACUUCCAGGGCUGGCUUAACGGCUCUGUGGUGGGAUUCUACAGGGUCAUCUACACCGAGGAGGGGGUCACCAAAAAGAUUGCUGCAACUGAUCACGAGCCAACAGAUGCCCGCAAGUCAUUUCCCUGCUUCGAUGAACCCAACAAGAAGGCCACGUACAACAUCUCCAUCAUUCAUGAUGCUGCCUAUGGAGCUCUGUCCAACAUGCCGCCUGAGGGCACCCCUCAGCAAUUGCCUGGCAAUAAACUGAAGACCUCCUUCCAGAAGUCCAUUCCAAUGAGUACCUAUUUGGUAUGUUUUGCUGUGCACCAGUUUGACUAUGUGGAAAGACUCUCUGCUCGAGGAAUUCCUCUGAGAAUCUACGCCCAGCCAAGUCAGCUGAGUACAGCAGAGUAUGCAGCGAACACAACCAAGGUUAUCUUUGAUUACUUUGAGGAAUAUUUCAACAUGACAUACUCCAUCUCCAAACUAGAUAAGAUAGCCAUCCCUGACUUUGGGACUGGUGCCAUGGAGAACUGGGGCCUCAUCACCUACAGGGAGACCAAUCUGCUGUACGAUGAGAGCCAGUCUUCCUCCUACAACAAGCAGCGAGUGGCCAGUGUUAUCGCCCAUGAGCUAGUUCACCAGUGGUUUGGGAACAUUGUGACCAUGGACUGGUGGGAUGACCUCUGGCUUAAUGAGGGCUUUGCCAGUUUCUUUGAGUACAUUGGUGUGGAGGAAGCUGAGCCUGCCUGGGGCAUGCGAGACAUCAUGAUCAUCAGCGAUGUGCUUCCUGUAAUGGUGGACGAUGCCCUCCUGUCCUCUCACCCAAUCAUCGUGAACGUGUCGACCCCAGCAGAGAUCACCUCUGUGUUUGACGCCAUCUCAUACAGCAAGGGAGCGUCCAUUCUCAGGAUGCUGGAGGACUGGAUGGGUAAAGAUUUGUUCAGAGAUGGCUGUCGAAAAUAUUUGAAAGACUACCACUUCAAGAACGCCAAGACAGCCAACUUCUGGGCAUCUCUUGCUGAUGUGAGUGGGCUGCCAGUUGCAGAGGUGAUGGACACAUGGACCAAUCAGAUGGGUUAUCCUGUGCUAGACCUGUCUGUCUCUGAGACGAAUGCCAUACUGAGACAGAAGCGUUUCCUCCUGGAUCCUAAAGCUAAUGCCACUCAGCCCCCUUCACCUCUUGAGUACAAGUGGACAGUUCCAGUGAAAUGGCACUCUGUGCAAAGCGACAAGAAUAUGUUUGCUAUGUUUGACAAGAGCAGCACAGAGCACGUCGUCAGUAACUACUCGCCCUCAGAGGACGGCCUGCUGAAAGUUAACAAUGAUCACAUUGGAUUCUACAGAGUCAACCACGAUGACCACAUGUGGAACGCUAUCACUCAACAGCUUCAAAGCAACCACACGGAGUUUGACGCAGCUGAUCGGACCAGCUACAUUGAUGAUGUUUUCGCCCUUGCUAGGGCAGACAUUAUAGAUUAUGGGAAUGCCUUCAAUCUUACCAAGUACCUGGCGAAUGAGACUGACUACAUAGUCUGGGACCGUGUGGCCUCAUCCAUUGCCUAUGUCCGAGACAUGCUGAUAGGCAAUGCUUCGCUCUACCAAAAGUUUCAGAAACUCUUCCGUGAUCAUGUUAAAGCAAUCUCAACAAAACUUGGAUGGGAUGACGUGGGAACACAGACAGAGAGGUUACUGAGGGAGACCGUGCUUAGUAUCGCUUGUCAGAUGGGAGAUCAGGAGGCUCUGAACGAAGCCUCCCGUAUUUUUGACCGCUGGAUUGAUGGAAGUCUCAGCAGUGUAGCAGUCAACCUGAGGCUGCUGGUCUAUCAGUAUGGAAUGAAGAACUCAGGCACUGAAGCGAAGUGGAACACGAUGUUCCAGAGGUACAAAGACACUUCUCUGGCUCAAGAGAAGGACAAGCUGCUGUAUGGACUGGCUUCUGUGGACAACGUCGACCUUCUGUACAAGCUCCUGGAGGCCACUAAGGAUGAGAGUGUCGUGAGGAGCCAGGAUUUGUUCACCGUGGUGCGAUACGUGUCCUACAACCCUCUGGGACAGAAUAUGGCCUGGGACUGGACCACGCUAAACUGGGACUAUCUGGUCAACAGGUACACCAUCAACGACAGGAACCUUGGGCGUCUGCUCAAUCGAAUCAGCACCACCUACAACACAGAGCUCCAGCUGUGGAAGAUGGAGCACUUCUUCAGUCUGACACCAGACGCUGGUGCCGGGGAGAUGCCCAGGCAGCAGGCGCUGGAGACGGUGAGGAACAACAUCGAGUGGAUCAGGAGCAACGGGAAUGAGAUUGGAGCGUGGCUGGAGAACAGCGUGGUCUAAAACACUUCAGGGAUACAGGCACACUGUAACUGUGAAGAACUGGAGGACCCACAGGGCCCCUCUUACUGUAGAUAAGGGUGAAUUUGGGUUGAGACUGAUCUGUUUAGUGAAAGUCUCAUUUUGCAGGCAGCAGGAUGUGAAGGUCUUUUCCUGAGUGUCCAAAACAGUCAUGUAGAACAUUAUACAAAAUAAGGCAGGGGUUGCAAAAAGGUUGAGUUCCAGACUAUUUGAUGUAAAUUAGCUCUGAUGGUUAUUGAUACUCAUACACUCCACUGCAGUGUAAUGCAUUUUUUACUGCAGUGUCCUCCCAUCAUGUAGCUAGGAAGGUAUCAGCUGCCAGAUUUUAUUUAUCCCUGAAGCUUUUUCCUCACUAGUUUUACUAACAAUCAUUUCUGACGAAGCAUGUUUAUACGACCGGUUCUCUUCUCCGUACUUGAAACAUUUAAAAUUUCUUCAUUAUUAUUAUUAUUAUUUUUGUAAAACUUUAACUUAUAAAGAAAAUCUGAAUUAUUUUGUUCUCAACAAGUCACAAAUGCAAAUAUUUGUAUGAUAUGCAGUUUUGAAUGGAAUUAAAAUGACUUUAA